UACACCUGCGUCGUUGGGGUGAAAGGUUGUGGCUGUCACGAUGACUGUACUUGCUUUUUCAGAGGACAGGGAAGAGAAACCGAGCGGAGGAGGAGGAUUCGUCACCUGGGGCCGAUAAUAAACGAGGAACGGGUGUAAUCUUUUACCUUGGUGUUCUCAUAUUUUUAGUCGAGACAGAGAACAGCAAAUGAAAUAUAUAUAUACAGUAUAUAUACUUGUUUUUCCUGAAUGCAAAAGCCCAGAAGAAUAGAAAGAUAAGGUGAAAGAAAUCAGACAUGGCAGGGCCAGAGCAGAUACAGCAGCAGGUAGACGAAAGCUCUCAGAGCAUAGAUGGUGCAGAACUGGCACUCCAAGGGAUCAACAUGCUCCUUAACAACGGAUUUAGAGAGAGCGACGAGCUCUUCAAAAAAUACAGAAAUCAUAGCCCGUUAAUGAGCUUUGGAGCCAGUUUUGUCAGUUUUUUGAAUGCCAUGAUGACUUUCGAAGAAGAGAAGAUGCACAUGGCCUGUGAGGAUCUGAAGACAACAGAAAAGCUGUGUGAGAGCGACGAAGCUGGAGUCAUCGAAAUAAUCAAGAACAAGAUUAAAAGGAAUGUUGACUCUCAGAAGCCUCCCCCCUCAGUGAUAGAUCGACUCCAGAGACAAAUCAUUGUAGCAGACUGUCAGGUCUAUCUGGCCGUGCUCUCCUUUGUCAAACAGGAAGUCUCAGCUUACAUCAAAGGGGGCUGGAUCCUUCGAAGGGCCUGGAAGAUCUACAAUAAAUGCUACAGUGACAUCGGUGUGCUACAGGAAUCGUGUCAGAAGAAGACAUCUCAGGAAUCGCUGACCUCAGACAGGGCGAACGACAACUCGGUCACCAACGGGGGUGUAUCGGCUGAGUCCCUCAGCAGACUGAAAGGCUCUGUGAGCUUUGGAUAUGGUCUGUUCCACCUUUGUAUAUCUAUGGUGCCGCCUCACCUGCUGAAAAUCAUCAACCUGCUUGGCUUUCCCGGGGACCGGCUACAGGGGUUGUCUUGCCUCAUUUAUGCAAGUGAAAGUAAGGACAUGAAGGCACCUCUAGCUACGUUAGCGUUACUCUGGUAUCACACAGUGGUUCGACCGUUUUUCGCCCUGGAUGGGACUGACACUCAGGCAGGAUUGGCAGAAGCAAAGGAGAUCCUCCAGAAGAAAGAAACUGUGUAUCCAAACUCCUCGCUCUUCAUGUUCUUCAAAGGAAGGGUCCAAAGAUUAGAGUGCCAGAUUAACAGUGCCUUGACUUCUUUUCAUGAUGCAUUGGAACUAGCAACGGAUCAAAGAGAAAUUCAACACGUGUGUCUCUAUGAAAUAGGUUGGUGCAGCAUGAUUGAGAUGAACUUCAAAGAUGCAUACGAGUCCUUUGAACGGCUUAAAAAUGAGUCAAGAUGGUCUCAGUGCUAUUAUGCUUAUCUGACAGCAGUGUGCCAGGGAGCUUCAGGUGAUGUGGAGGGUGCAAAGAGUGUUUUUAAAGAGGUUCAGAAGCUCUUUAAAAGAAAGAACAAUCAAAUUGAACAGUUCUCACUGAAAAGGGCAGAGAGGCUGAGAAAACAGUCUCCCUCCAAGGAGCUCUGCAUUCUGGCAGCCAUUGAGGUGCUUUACCUGUGGAAGGCACUUCCAAACUGUUCAUCCUCCAAACUGCAGAAUAUGAGCCAAGCUUUGCAAGUGGUGGAUGACACAUUACAUGUCGGUUUAAAACACUUGCUCCUUGGUGCCAUCCACAAAUGUCUUGGUAACUCAAAAGAUGCCAUUCAGGCUUUUCAGUUGGCUGCAAGCAAUGAACUGGGCCGACAGAACAAUUCCUAUGUACAGCCUUACUCUUGUUAUGAACUUGGUUGUAUACUACUAGAUAACCCUGAGACUAUGGGGAAAGGUAGAGCAUUGCUUCUUCAGGCCAAGGAAGAAUUUGCUGGAUAUGAUUUUGAAAACAGACUGCAUGUUCGCAUCCAUGCAGCACUAGCCUCCUUGAAGGAGGUUGUUCCACAAUGACCCCCAAGCAAAAACACACUCAGAUUCUGCACUUUGUGUUGUGCACGGCACGCAGCGGAUAUGGGAAGCCUGGCUUUAUUUCUGAAAGCCAUCAGUACAAAUGUGUUUUAGAAAAGAAUAAAUACUGGGUGUUGGUGUGAAUUCUAGUUUGAAUAGUAACAGUGUCAUAGUAACAUGUUGUUUUUAGCUUUUGAAUACAUCCUGCAGUAAAGAAGAGCUCAAAGUUGUAGUUCCACAUUACAAUAUCAAUUGACCUUGUUUACUUAGUUUUAGUUGGUUUGUUAUUCUGUUUACCGGUCUGUACUUUAUUAAUUUGUGGUAAUGCAUUUCUGUCAAUGAAAAGCACUUAGCUUAUCUGGUUUUUAAAGUGUUCAUCUGCUUAAAGGUGGGGAGACUUCUUUAGGUUCUUAUGUCUUUGAGGCCAAAUUCUAUAUAUAUACAUACACACACACAACCCCUGAGAAGUUUGUAUAUUAUUAUUUAUUUAUUAGCAGACGCCUUUAUCCAGGGCGACUUACAAUUGUUACAAGAAAUCACAUUAUUUUUUACAUAGAAUUACCCAUUUAUACAGUUGGGUUUUUUUUUUACUGGAACAAUCUAGGUAAAGUACCUUGCUCAAGGGUACAACAGCGGUGUCCUCCACCUGGGAUUGAACCCACAACCCUCCGGUCAAGAGUCCAAAGCCCUAACCACUACUCCACACUGCACUAGUAAUUUUUUAAUUUUUUAUAACUUCGAACUACACAUUGUUAAGCUAAGUAAAUUUAUUUGAUUGAAACAUGCAAAAGUAAGUAAAUAUACAGGGUGAUUAGAAAGUAUGUUUGCCACAUCAAUGCAUUUGUGUUUCUCUGUAGCAUUUUUUAUUAUUAUUAUUCUUUUCUGUUUUGCUAUCUUCCAGUUCAUUUAAUUGUUAAUCAUCCAUAUCGGCAUGUCUAUUUCAAAUAUGUGACAAGGCUCCAACUGUCCGUAUUCACCCAAUAUACGGACAGCUGGAACCUUGUUCGACCAAUCACAUUGCUUGUUUCAAGUUCCAUUGCCAGCCCUGGAUUUUGUAUAUAUUCGUUGCAUAUCCGACUGCGGUGGGACCUGGUGGGACCUGAGUAAGGGCGGAUAUGAAUCCUGUUUUAAAUCAGGUUCAACAGCAAUGCAAGUUUCCCCACAAUGUGCUUCAUUGCUGUGGUGAGUGGUUUAGUCUCCAUACCUAUCCAACACUAAGAUUUAGUAAGUGACUGCCUGCCUAUGACCACUGUACCCCUUUUCCACCUGCACAUCCAAGCCAUGAGAGCCCCAGGUGUCAGUCAGCACACUCAAGGGAGCCGAACAACAUGGCAUUCAGCGAGUCAGAAGAGAGAAAAGAACAGCCUAGAAGUACAAGCUCUAGUUUCUCUGUGGGAAGAUAGAAGUACUUUGAGAUGUGUGCAUUUAGGCGCUUUAUAAAAUAAAGAUUAUUAUUAUAUUAUUAUAUAAGUGAGGCAGCUGGAAUCAUCGGUCAGAAAUUAGAAAGUUUAUGCCAGAAUUUCUGCUGAUUUGAAACAAAAGGGCAUAAAUUGCAGCCCCAAACAAUGCUGUGAAAAGGUGAAAAUACAGCGCUUCUUAAUGCUGCCUCAUUGACAUGCGGCUCGACCAUUGUGUGUGACGUCAGUUGCCUGGCUGGGGCUCUGCAGUGGAAAGACAACCAGCUGGCUUGGUGCAGCGCCGGCGUGGCUUGUUGUACAGUGGAAAACAGGUACUGGUGCCAAGACCUUGUUGGAAUUGAAUUGACAACCUGUUAGCAAAUGCUUUAUACUGUAUCCUUUUAUCAAUAUAACAUUUGGUUAUUUUGUGUGUUUCUCAUAUCAGGCUAAGAACUUUCUAAUAACUUUUAAUAAGUUGUACUAAUUUGUUUAACAUCAGGAUCUAGAUUGUGGAAAACAUAGAAUGACCUUGUAGGUCACAAAAAAGGAAAAAAAAAUAUUACUUUGCCCUGUGCCACUGCAUUCUUGAAACUACAAUUAAAUAUACUGAGAACAGCCUGUUAAAUGUAUGCAUUUUUAAAAUAUUUAAAUACCUCAGUUUAUAUACUUCAGUGCAGAUAUAAAUUAAAUACAAAAAAUAUAUAAA